AUGCGAUCGAAACGGCAACCGAAACAACGACCGACGACCACUCUCCUCAGGGCGUCUCCUCCGGCGUCUGUCGUGCUCUCCGUUAGAAGACCGCUCGAAACCACCACGAACGACGACUGUCUCGGUCAGCAUCGUCUUGUCCGUCAGAAACCGAUCGCAACCCACCACCGCCGCCGACUCUCUCGGUCCUCACCGUGUCUCCUCCGGAUUGAAGAUUCUCUCAGGUGUGUGGUGAACGCAGCAGUGGUGAAGACCCGUAUCAUUAAGGGACUUCUCGCACCCUUUGAGCUCUCGACUAAAGCUCCUCCUCCUGUAUCGUCGUCAAGCAACCGUCAACAAGAUAGUGCCCUUCCUGAACCAUGUCCACAUGGUCCUUAUGCGAGUUUUCCACCUGUUGUGGAGCUCUCUUCAACACAACCCCCGGUCUUUAGUACUGAAACCUCAAGCUUCUGUGAAGAAUCACCUAGAGAGCGCAAAGAAAGAAAGAAAUGGUCAGUGUCUGAUGAUCUCGUGCUCAUCAGCGCAUGGCUAAACACAAGUAAGGACCAUGUGGUCGGCAAUGAGCAGAAAGCAUGUGCUUUCUGGUCACGCAUUACGGUUUACUAUGCAGCUAGUCCAAAGGUGGAAAGAGGUCAAAAGCGAGAGGCCAUUCAGUGUAAGCAAAGGUGGCAGAAGAUGAACGAUCUUUUUAAUCUUCACCAUGCUUGGGAGGAGCUGAAAAACGACCAGAAAUGGUGUGCCCUUGCGACUGCUAAGCUUGAUGGACGACAAUCAUCAAGCGCUAAGAAGAGAAAGUGUGAGGAUGGAGGGGAAGAGGCAAGCUCUCAAGCAACCACGAAUGGUGAUCACCCAGCCAAACGUCUUGUUGGUGUAAAGGCAGCGAAAGGAGGAGGUGGUAAGAGACCUAUAGGUGAUCAACUGAGUGCCUCAGAAUUUCAGGGAAUGUGGUCUCUCAAAGAGAAAAACUUGGCAGCUAAAGAGAGGCUUAAAAAGAUGGGUCUGCUGGAGAGUCUCAUUGCAAAGAAAGAGCCCCUAUCUCAGUUUGAAGAAGCACUGAAGGAGAAGCUAAUUACAGAGAUGUUGGGUUAA